AUGACUACCUCUCCCAUCAUCCAAUCUGCAGAAAAGCGGAAAGUUCCUAUGAAGAAUAAAGCUAAACAUCACCCGGGUGCCCCUGGUUUUGUAAAAGCCAGUGAUGGUACUAUCAUACCAAGAGAAGACCUCAAGAGAUAUGAAGGUUUUCUGGAUUCUAGGAAGGAGAUGAAUUCUAAAAACGCUGGGAGAUCCAACUAUCAAGAACCUAGCUAUUCUUCAUAUCAACCAGCUAAGGUGG